AUGAAGUACUUGGCUGCUUACUUGUUGUUGGUUCAAGGUGGUAACACCUCCCCAUCUGCUUCUGACAUCUCCGCUUUGUUGGAGACCGUUGGUGUUGAAGUUGAAGAGUCUAGAAUCUCCACCUUGUUGGGUGAAUUGAAGGACAAGACCAUCGAAGAGUUGAUUGCUGAAGGUAACACCAAGUUGGCUUCCGUUCCAACUGGCGGUGCUGCUGCUGCUUCUUCCGGUUCUGCUGCUGCUGCUUCUGGUUCUACCGAGGCUGCUGCUGAGGAGAAGGAGGAAGAGGCCAAGGAAGAGUCUGACGACGACAUGGGUUUCGGUUUGUUCGACUAA